UCUUUCAAACAUAAUCUCUCUACUCUAUGGUAAAUUGCUUGGAAGUGACUUAUUUGAUGAGAUAGAUAAAAAUUACUUAUACCUAUCUCUACCUACAUACGUGUAUAAUUAGUAAUUACCUGUCUUAAUUUACCAGGUUGUUUACAAGAAUAAACUGACAUUCAAGAUGGGCUUUAUAUUUGGAAUUAUAAAGAGACUAAUAAAAUUAGCAAUAUACUUUACACUAUUUGCAACAAUAAUUGUGUUCAUUCCAAAUUUACCGCCUUAUACAAAAUUCACAGCUAUAAAGUUAGAACCAACUCAACCGCAGGUUGGGCCACUUGCACCUAAUGGUGCUUUGAAUAAUGCUGAAAGACUUUACAAUAAAAAGUUGCAUGGCCCAGAAGCAUUCCAAGUAUAUAAUGGCGAAGUGUACACUAGUUUAGCUACUGGUGAAAUUGUGAAACUUUCACCUGGUGGCCAUAUCACAUUUGUGACUCAAAUUGGAAGACCAUGUGCUGGACUUCAUCAGGAACAUAUCUGUGGAAGGCCACUUGGAUUUGUAAUAGAUGAAAAGAAGAAUAUCCUAUAUGUAGCUGAUUCAUAUCAUGGCAUUUGGUCAGUGGACCUAAAAACUGGCAAAAAACAGCUUUUAGUAUCACCGACAGUAGCGAUCGAUGGGCGACAACCUAAGUUAUUCAAUAGUGUUGCACUAGAUAAAAAUGGAGAAUUGUAUUGGACAGACUCAAGUAGCGAUUUCCAUUUGAGGGAUGGUGUAUAUUCACUAGUUACUGAUCCCAGCGGAAGGUUGUUCCAUUACAAUGCUGCCAAUAACAAAAGUAAUGUGCUUCUCGACGAUUUAUGGUUUGCAAAUGGCGUUGCAGUUUCUUUUGAUAGCCAGUUUCUAGUUGUAUCAGAAACAGGGCGUUUCAGGCUUCGAAAAUAUUACAUUAAUGGACCCAAAAAAGGACAAUCUGAAGUUUUUAUAGCAGGCUUGCCAGGUGUACCGGAUAAUUUACGAGCGCUACCCGACGGCUCCGGUGUGCUGGUGGGAUUGUUCACUACCUUCGAUAAUGACCAUCCAAUGAUCUUCAGGUCAAUGUCAGAGGCGCCGCUAGCCAGAAAGUUCAUAGCGCGACUAAUUCGACUUAUUGAAAUACCAUUUGAAUAUCUCAAUAAUUUAUACCCACAUGUUAUUUUAGAAGAAAUUAUACACAAUAUUGGUAACUUCAGACUCACCAGCAAGUUGCAAUGGGGUACCUCAGGCUUAAUACAACUUGACUGGAAUGGUAAUGUUGUGGCUUCAUAUUACAACACAGAUGGAACAUUCCCUUCUAUUAGUGAUGCUAUAGUGUACAAUGACAAAUUGUACUUGGGUGCUCCGCAUAAGAUUGAAUAUAUUGGUUCGGUGCCAGCUCCUCCAGCUUUAAAGAAAGCAUUUUCAUCUAAGCUAUCAGACAAGGAUGCUAAAGUACCACCAAAAAUGUCAGAACAAAAAAUUAAGGAGAACCCAAAGGUAGAAGAGAAGAAGACUCCUCCAAAAGUUGAGAAACCGGUUGUACCAGAACCAAAACAAAAACCUCAACCUCAGCAACAAGCUAAACCAGUACCUCCAAAACAGCCUGAAGUAAGGUCUGCUCCUGCACCAACAGAGAAUAAGCCAAAGGCAAAGGUUGAGCCAACAGUUAAAGCUCCAAAUGUCCCAUCAGGUGGUAAAGAUAAGAAUACAGCUUCCCAACCUCAAAAACCUGUCAAAGUAAAUCCUCCAAAGCCUCCUGUUAAUAAACCAGUUCCUGAGCAGAUACCAAUUAAGGAGGAAAUCCCAUCUGAUACUAUUAAACCUAAUAAGGAAACUCUUAAAGUGAUAAAAAAGGAUGGACCAACAGAAAUACCCAAUCCUAAUGUAUAGGUAGAUAGGUAUGUGUAGGUUGUGUUUUAUAUGUAUAGAGACUUGUUCAAAAAAGAGGUGAACGAACAAAAUGUAAGGAAAAUUUACGGAAUAAAUUGUUCAUUUUUAUAUAUUUAUAUUAACACAUUUUGUAAAAUGUUUUUAAAAAAUCUUUAUUUGUUUGAUAAUUUUGAAAUUGAUAUCUUUGUUCCAAUUAUAUUUCCAAGAGAUAUUUCAAUGAUUCUUUUGCAUUUCUUAUAACAUUCCAUAUAUUGUAUUCCUUUGUAAUAAGUUAAUAUACAAUAUUAUUUUUAUAUUUUAUUUCUAUUAUCUAUAAAUUUUAAUAUUUCCUAUUCAGCUCAAAUAGAUCGUAGAUGUCUUUACAGAUAUGCAUUUAUAUAGAUAGAAAUGCAUGUACUUUGUCUAUUUUAACUUUUGAAACAAAUUAGUUUUAUGUAGGGCUUAAUUUCGAGUUCCAAGUUCCUACAUAAUGUUUAUGUUGCAGUUUACAUAAUUAGUAAAUUAUUAUGUAAAUGUAAAGGCAUUGCUGAUGAUAUUUUUAAAAGGGUCUAGUGCAAAAGGGAUUUGUUGUCAAUAAAUAGCUAUUCAGGAUGUAGUUCAGUAGUGAGAGUUUAUAUAAAUUGGGGUACUUGCUUUAUCUAUCUCUGUCUCUGGUCUUUCUCAUUAUCACUAAGAGUAUUUGAUCUCAACUGCUGAUUUAUGUUUACCUUUAUUUAGUCAAUUUAGAAAUGACACAUGAGAUCUUGCUAAAUUUAGUUACCAUAAACAAGUACAAUAUAAAAUGUCAGUAAACUUUCUAAUCAUUAUUUAAAUAAUACUCGUAUUUUAAAAUUGUGAACUUAUUUACAUGAAGUGGUGCAGAGGGUUGGUUAAAAUUUUUAUAAUUUUAUAAUUGUUGUUUUUUAUAUCAUGAGUGGAGCAAUAUUUAUAUAAUUUAAGCAAUAAAUAUUUUUUCAUUAUA